CAACCAAGUAGUUUCCAAGCGCAUUCCCCGUUAGCUAAUGUGGAGGGAAAGAGGGUUCUUUUUUUACCUACCCGAAAAUAUAGAUUUGGCACCGGAUAUCAUUUGACAGUUAAUAUAAGAACAUACGAAGGUCGGUUAUUAAAGGUAAACUUCCUCGAAGUAAAUAUAGUUUUGAUCGAAACUCUUGACUGAACGAGAGUGUCCUGCGAAGAAAGCAAUAGCUGUGGUUCGAUUUCCAUGCUUAUAAUAAGACUCAUCUUUUGCUUGUCGAAUUGAAACUCACAUAUGAUAUUAGGAAGUGAAAUUGGACGUCAUCCUUGAAUUUAAAUUGGUUCGUGCCCAGUUUGUUUGCCUGUGAGCGUCUCGGGAAGAAUAUCGAAGUUGCAUUCUUCAGCACCCAUACGGAGGGAGAGUGGGUUACAACUAACCCACUGGGUAGAGUGAAGAAGACACUUCUUGGGAAGUUGCUUUAUCCGGCUAUUGACGCCGAAAUUAAAACAGUUGCAUUUGCUGGAUUAUUGGAGAGUUCAUCAUCAUGGAAAAGUUGGAGAUUAUUCAGUAUAUCAAAAUGGAGAUGUGAAAACGUGGCAUUUUGUUUUCACACUGUCAGUUUUGGGUUUAUUCUAGUGUGCAAACUGGACGGUCCCCCCCUUUGCAAAUAGACGAUUUAUUUCGGUUUGUUGGAGCGAUCGUGCAUUCUUGUCAACUUUAUCAAGGAGAAACUUUUUCCAUCAGCAAAAUGCCACAACUUAACGGAGGUGGUGGUGAUGAUUUGGGGGCGAAUGAUGAAAUGAUAUCAUUCAAAGAUGAAGGCGAGCAAGAGGAAAAAAUAUCCGAAAAUGUAUCAGCGGAGAGGGAUUUGGAUGAUCUGAAGUCUUCGUUAGUGAACGAAUCGGAAAACAACAGUAGCUCGUCAGACUCCGAGCAAGCAGAGCGGCGCCCUCAACCAAGACCAGACUUGGACAGUUACGAGAAAACCAGGGAUUACUUUAGUGAAGCACUCAGAAGACAGCAAGAUGGUGGCUUUUUCAAGAGUCCCCAUUAUCCUGGGUACCCGUUUCUUAUGAUCCCAGAUCUUACCAACCCCUACCUAUCCAAUGGGGCCCUCUCCCCUAGCGCAAGAACGUACCUGCAGAUGAAAUGGCCUCUACUGGAUGUCCCUGGAGCUGCCGGACUCAAAGACCCCCGCUCCCCCACCCCAGGACACCUAUCCAACAAGGUCCCAGUGGUGCAGCAUGCUCACCACGUCCACCCGCUGACCCCCCUCAUCACCUACAGCAAUGAACACUUCUCCCCCGGAACCCCUCCCUCACACCUCUCCCCGGAGAUCCUUGACCCAAAGACAGGCAUUCCUCGGACUCCCCACCCAUCAGAGCUCUCUCCGUACUACCCCCUGUCUCCAGGUGCAGUGGGACAGAUCCCUCAUCCUCUGGGCUGGCUGGUACCACAGCAGGGCCAGCACAUGUACUCUAUCCCCCCAGGGGGGUUCCGUCACCCCUAUCCCGCCCUCGCAAUGAAUGCAUCCAUGUCCAGCUUGGUGUCCAGCCGUUUCUCCCCCCACAUGAUGCCCCACCACCCCCACGGCAUGCACCAGACUGGCAUCCCUCAUCCUGCUAUCGUAUCACCAGCCAUCAAGCAGGAGCCCAACAGUCAUGACCACAUGAGCCCCUCUAUGCAUUCCCGGAAGUCUCCUGGCCCGGCGAAGAAGGAGGAGGACAAGAAGCCUCACAUCAAGAAGCCUCUGAAUGCCUUCAUGCUGUACAUGAAGGAGAUGAGGGCCAAGGUGGUGGCUGAGUGCACUCUGAAGGAGAGCGCUGCCAUCAACCAGAUACUGGGCCGAAGGUGGCACUCACUAUCGAGAGAAGAGCAAGCGAAAUACUAUGAGCUGGCAAGGAAAGAGAGGCAACUCCACUCCCAACUCUACCCAGGCUGGUCAGCACGAGAUAACUAUGGAAAGCGGAAAAAGAGGAAGAGAGAUAAUAAGCCAGACUCAACACCAGAGGACUUCUCAAUCAGGAACAAGAAUCAGUGUGUGCAGUACCUACCCUCAGAGAAGAUGUGUGACAGCCCUGCCUCGUCUCACGGCAGCAUGCUGGAUUCUCCAGCCACACCCUCUGCAGCUCUGGCCUCCCCGGCUGCGCCCGCCGCCACCCACUCAGAGCAGGCCCAGCCCCUGUCCCUCACCACCAAACCAGAGGGACGCCUGCACCAUCAUUUCCUAACUGGCAAGCCCUCUGGAUCGGCUUCUUCUUCGUCAUCUUCAUCCUCUUCCUCUUCCUCCUCGUCCCACCCAAGCAUCUCUAUCCCUAUUGGUACUUCAGGCAGCCACUCCAGCCACUCCGCACCAAUUUUCUCUCGGCCAAUCCCAUUCAGCUCCCUACACCACUCGAUGCUCUCCCCGCCCUCUCCUUUCCAUCAAGCAGCCCUGCAUUCCCAUCAUGCCCUGUUCCAGUCACAGCCCCUCUCCUUGGUAACCAAAUCGUCUGACUAAAUCUACAAAAGCAAUUCCUUUCUCUUUUAUUGUGCUGUAUAUUGCUUUUACUUUUCAAAAAAUAGAUAUUAGAACAACUUUUUUUAAAUGAUGAAAAGGAAGAAAUAUUAUUGGUCAAUAUUUGAUCCCGUCCUUUUCUACUCUCAAUGAAACAAAAUGUAUUUUUUUGUAAAGUUUACUACAGAACUGGUUUCUCUUUUUGAUGCAUUUAUCCAAUGAACCAGUUGUAUAAAAUAACCCAUGUAUAAAAUGUUUCUUUAAGAAAAAACAAGGAAAAGAAAAAACACCCUCUCCUUUUAACCAAAACCUGAUUUAAUGUUAGUAUUGAGUUUAAUUCAUAGUUUUUGUCAAUUAUUUCAGUAAUUUCAACAAUCCCUUUUAAAUUCCCAAGUGUGUGACCUUCCUUUUGACAUGUUAAAUAAACCUUUGAGAUUGUUUCUUUA